UUCCUCCCUGUGUUCUCCCAAAACAAGCAGUUCUACAAGAAACAACAUGACUCAGAUAAUCAUGCUGCUAACAAGACCCGCAAACGCGCACAGAACCGUGCGGCUCUGGCUGAGGUCUCGUUCAAUGAUAGUGAUGACCAGCAGCUUCCAAGUAAACGUCCCCUGCUGGCCAGCACUCCAUCAGUGGUCUGCAGAAAGCUCAGGAACUUACCAGAGCCCUCCAUCAGUGAGAUAUCCUCCCUUAGCUUUGAUGAACUUCACCAAGAAGCUGGGUGUGGAGAGGCGGAUCAGAGAAAAGGAGGAUCUGAAGUAGAGGCCACGUCUGCACAGGCAACCAGAGCUUUUGGAUGCGUGUUAACACCGCCACACCUAGAAUCCUUAGUAGAGGACCUAAAAGAGAGAUGUCGCACAGUGGAUGUAGACUUAGCGCUCAAAAGAAUAGAUGUCACAGACCAUCUGUCGUCGCAAAGCUGCAGCAGGAAACAGGAAGAGAAGAUUACCUCAAAUCCUCCAUGUUUGGAGUCCUCCAAAGCAAAUAAACAGAACAGCCAAAACUAUGUAACUGCUUCAUCCAACUGCUCCUCACUAUCCAAACCGUCCCUCUAUAUCUCCUCUAAGUCUUUUAACACUUCUUCUUCAACUGAAGCAAUUGGCUCAAAUAUGUCCCUUAUUGAACGUCUUAAAGCUGAAUGUCUGUUAUCUUCCCUCACUGUCUGCAUUCCCCGUCUUGACUUGGUUGCAUAUCCUUUUGUCCACCAGGGGGCAACAAAAGCUCCCUGCACUGACUCGCCGCCAUACAUGCUCCCCAUCAGUCGCAGGGAAACUGUCACCUCUCUAUCUUUUAAGGGGACAGGGAAUGAUAUCCCAAACAGUCCAAUACAUCACAGGUCUCCCAGUAAUGCUGAAGUGGUUGUUCGACGCUUAUCUGCAUCGUUCCAACCACCUCCAGCCUCUCCACCUGCCGCUGCAUGUCAUAGCAAAAGACGACCGCCUGCUGUGCCUAAAGAACGCACAGGUGCUGGUACUGGGACUGGUCGUAAAGUUUGUGUGAGUGGGCUGAAUGUCAGCCGCUGGUCAAAAAGGGGUACUGGAGAGUUCAAUGAAAAACGGAAGAAAAAGGAAGGACGAACAAAGGCAGUGUCAGGAGACUACAGUUCUGGGUGCAGCAUGUUAUCUGCUGGAGCAGACACCUUUUCAGCGGAAACAACAUGUGGCUGGCUGCAGGGCACCAGUGGGAUUGUUCUGGCUGUGACGCCUCUCAGAGUGUCACAAAUGAAUCUCUCCUCCAUCCUGGCCAACUUCACUCCAGACACACUCACGACGCACUCCUGGGGCCGACUAAAGGCAGCACUGUCUCUACAUAAGAAGAAAACUGCAAUUCCGACCCCACGGCGCUUGGGACAGUAUCAUCUGAAGUCCCCAGGAUGUGGCUUUACAGCUGACACCACCAGUGUAGACAUGUUUGCUUCCCCUCUGUUCACACCAUCCAGAGUCACACCUUCACGCAUGCUCCGGUCCACCAUGAACACCCCCAUGACUUCAUAUGAUGACAUCAGCGAUGCAGAUAAAGUCUAUCAGGAAUGUCAACAGAAUGGCCCAAUAUCCUUUAGCGACUGUAUCCCUCCGGCUCGCAUGAAACACUGUAACAAGAUUGGCGAAGGGACAUUUGGAGAGGUCUUCUCAACUAUAAAUGAUUCCAAUGAGACCGUUGCUCUCAAAAUCAUCCCUGUAGAAGGCAGUCAGCAGGUCAAUGGGGAACACCAGAAAACAUUUUGUGAAAUCCUUCAUGAAAUAAUCAUUUCCAAAGAGCUGAGCAGCCUUAACAUAAAGGAGAUUAACAAAACAGACGGUUUCAUUGGGCUGAACAAUUUACAUUGUGUCCGUGGAUGUUAUCCCGAAGCUCUGCUCAAAGCCUGGGAUGAGUUUGACUGUCAGAAGGGAUCAGAGAAUGACAGACCUGAUUUCUUUGACGAUGAGCAACUGUUUUUAAUUUUGGAGUUUGAGUUUGGAGGGAGUGAUCUAGAGAACAUUAAUGGAAAGCUAACCUCCAUGGCCCAGGCCAAAAGUGUCCUUCACCAAGUCACCGCAGCUUUGGCAGUAGCUGAGCAAGCCCUGUGCUUUGAACACCGAGAUCUUCAUUGGGGGAACAUCCUUGUGAAGAAUGUUAAGCUCAAGCAUACCGAGUUCAUUCUGAAUGGAACAACGCAUUCCAUAGAGACUCGAGGGAUUCAUGUCAAUAUUAUUGACUAUUCGCUCUCACGGCUGGAGAUCGAUGGACUGACGGUGUCAUGUGAUAUCUCUUCUGAUGAAGAAUUGUUUAUGGGACAGGGAGAUUACCAGUUUGACGUCUACCGCCUAAUGAAGAAAGAAAACAAUAACUGCUGGUCCACAUAUAAUCCUCACUCCAAUGUGUUGUGGCUGCACUAUCUGGCUGACAAGCUUCUAAGUAUGAACUACAAGAACAAAGCCAAGUCCAACCAGCAGAGGACGCUGAAGAGCGGCCUCAAAUCAUUCUAUUCGGAGAUCCUGAAUUAUCCAUCAGCGACAGAAGCUCUUAUGAACUGCACAUUCUUUCAGUGAAACUUUUGUUUUAAUUAACACAAUAUAUAUAUACCUGUAUAUUUAGAUUGACCAGUCCAGGGCACGUAAAAUGUUCUAUAAAAAGGAUAUUAAAAACAAAUAAAGAAAAUGCUAUCAUGCAAUUUAAAAAACAAAAAUAUGUAA